AUGGCCACGCAAGGCAACCACAGCGUGUGGUUGGUCAACAUGAUCGGCCGCUCGACAAACAAGGCAAGCCGCAGCGCAGCCAAUCCUGAAGUGUGCGAGUAUAGCCGUCCGAGUCCGAUAUAUGAGGCUGUCUGCAUCUCAUUCCCGCAGUUGCUCUUCCACUCGAUGCGCCAACACGUGGACUCGUGGAGCUUGCAGAUUACGGAUCCCUCCCCGCUGUCGGGGCAGACACAAGAUCGGGUAACCUGGCAAAGUCGUGGCCUACAGGCAGCAGAUAUUCACACGAAGCCACCAUGUGGCGAUCUCUCAGGCGGCCACAUCAAACCCACUUGGGAGGUAUCCAUGACUCAAAAAGUGUGGUGCUGA